AUGCAAAUUAAGCCUUUCUUCAACUAUCCUAUUGGCAAUUUCCUCUCUUCUUGGGGGUUUUAUGAUGACUGCUAUAAUUGGAAUAAAGUUGUUUGCAAUUCUACUACAAGACGAGUUACUGAACUCCAUCUUCAAAAUAUAAGGUUUGAAAUGCUUUCCACACUUGAGAAUUUGGAGUUUCUUGAUUUAAGUUAUAACAACUUCAACAACAGUAUUUUAUCAUCCUUUAGUGGUUUUUCAUCUUUAAAAUCUUUACAUAUACGUGGCAACAAAUUAAAAGGAACACUAAAUGUCGAAGAAUUGAAUUAUCUAACAAGUCUUGAGGAGUUGAGAAUGGAAGAGAAUGAAAUUGAAGGCUUUCAAUCUUUGUAUGAAUUAGAGGCUUGGAGCAAACUGGAGGAGCUAAGUUUAGGUGGAAAUGAGAUGGACGAAUUUAUUUCAUCAACAAGAUAUAGAGGUCCAAGUAGCUUGAGCACUCUUUAUUUAGAUUCUAUCAAUACAAAUGGAAGAAGCAAUAUGCUACAAUCACUGGGAGUAUUCCCACACCUCAAGACACUUUACUUGAGAUUUAGUAAUUUCACCGGAGGAGACAUAUUUAUUGCAGGAUUAUGUGAGUUGAAACAUCUCAAAGUUUUAGAUAUCUCAUUAAAUAGCCUCAGUGGUAAUUUGUCUUGGUGUCUAGCAAAUUUGACAUCCCUUCAACAAUUAUAUCUCUCUUCGAAUUACUUCAAUGGAAGUAUCAGUUUAUCUCCUCUCAGCAGUUUGACAUCCAUCUAUGACUUACGUCUUUCAGACAAUAUGUUCCAAAUUACAAUCUCUCUUAAUCCUUUUGUCAACCUCUCAAAGCUUACAUAUUUUGACGGUGGGAAUAACAGAAUAUAUGCAGAAACAGAGAUAGAGAAUAUGAUCCCAAAGUUUCAAUUGAAGACGCUUCAUUUGUCUGGUGAUGGAUAUGGUGGAACAUUUCCUAAAUUCUUGUACCAUCAACAUGAUCUUGAAAUAAUUGGGCUGUCGAACAUCAAAUUUAGAGAAACGUUUCCAUAUUGGUUGUUAGAUAAUAACACAAACCUAGAAGAACUUUAUUUAGCCAACAAUUCUCUUUCCGAGCCUCUACAACUACCAAUUCGCUCUCAUAUGGAUUUGUCUAUGUUGGAUAUAUCUCAUAAUAGCUUUCAUGGCCGUAUUCCAAUGCAGAUUGGAGCAUAUUUUCCAAGUUUAGCAGAACUACAAAUGUCUAGAAGUGGUUUCCAUGGUAGCAUUCCCAAUUCAAUUGGAAAUAUGAGUUCAUUGACAUAUUUGGAUUUGUCUAAUAAUCAAUUCUCUAGUAACAUCCCCAAUUCGAUUGAAAAUAUGCCAUCUCUUUACGUUUUGGCGCUAACAGAGAAUGAUGUUUCUGGAAGUCUACCAUCUAAUUUUAGCCUUUCAAGUAUAUCAGAAAUUCAUUUGUUUAGAAAUAGAAUACAAGGAUCAUUGGAGCAUGCAUUUUUCCGUGGCUCUGAUUCGCUUAUGGUGUUAGAUCUCAGCCACAAUCAUAUGACUGGAAGCAUUCCAUCAUGGAUUGGAGGAUUAUCUCAAUUGGGUUAUCUUAUCCUGAGUAAUAAUAAUUUUGAAGGCGAAAUACCAAUUCAAUUGUGCAAGUUGAAUUAUUUAAGUAUAGUGUUGCAAGGGAGCAUUCCUUUAGAGCUCACUAAGUUAUAUUUUUUGGCUGCAUUCAACGUGUCGUACAACAAUUUAUCCGGUAGGAUACCUGAAGGGGUUGCACAAUUUGGAACAUUUGGUGAAAGCAGUUAUAUAGGAAAUCCUUUCCUUUAUGGAUGUCCACUGCCAAAAAACCGCAAUGCAAGGGAAUCACCACCAUUGAUAUCAACAACUGCACUUCACAAUUCAGAAAGCAUGGGUCUCAUAGACAUGGAAGUUUUUUAUGUGAGCUUUGGGGUGGCUUACGUGAUGGUAUUGUUGGGGAUAGAUGCAGUUAUAUACAUAAAUCCUUAUUGGAGAAGAGUCUAG